GCAGGAAACGGCGGGAGCGGGGCGGCGGGGAUGGCGGGGCCCGGUUGGGGCCCCCCGCGGCUGGACGGCUUCAUCCUCACCGAGCGCCUGGGCAGUGGCACGUACGCCACAGUGUACAAAGCCUACGCCAAGGUCUUAAACACAAACACACGCCCACGCAGCCCUGUUUUCUCCGGAGAGGCCGAUGGAGACCUCGGUGGAGCUCGGUGUCACUGGCCGAAGAACAGGCGCAAAACAGAAGGACACUCGUGAGGUGGUAGCCAUAAAGUGCGUGGCCAAGAAGAGUCUGAACAAGGCAUCCGUGGAGAAUCUACUGACAGAGAUUGAGAUCCUCAAGGGCAUUCGACACCCCCACAUUGUACAGCUGAAAGACUUCCAGUGGGACAGCGACAACAUCUACCUCAUCAUGGAGUUCUGUGCAGGGGGUGACCUGUCUCGCUUCAUUCAUACCCGCAGGAUUCUGCCUGAGAAGGUGGCUCGUGUCUUCAUGCAGCAGUUGGCUAGUGCCUUGCAGUUCCUGCAUGAACGGAAUAUCUCUCACCUGGAUCUGAAGCCACAGAACAUUCUGCUGAGCUCCUUAGAGAAGCCCCACCUUAAAUUGGCAGACUUCGGCUUCGCACAGCACAUGUCCCCCUGGGACGAGAAGCAUGUACUGCGUGGCUCCCCUCUCUACAUGGCCCCUGAGAUGGUGUGUCAGCGGCAGUACGACGCCCGUGUGGACCUCUGGUCCGUGGGGGUCAUCCUGUACGAAGCCCUCUUCGGGCAGCCCCCCUUUGCCUCCAGGUCGUUUGCGGAGCUGGAAGAGAAGAUCCGGAGCAACCGGGUUAUCGAGCUCCCCCUGCGGCCCCCGCUCUCCCGAGACUGCCGGGACCUGCUGCAGAGGCUCCUAGAGCGGGACCCCAACCGUCGCAUCUCCUUCCAGGACUUCUUCGCCCACCCCUGGGUGGACCUGGAGCAUGUGCCCAGUGGGGAGAGCCUGGCACGAGCGACCGCCCUCGUGGUGCAGGCAGUGAAGAAGGACCAGGACGGGGACGCCGCGGCCGCUCUGUCUCUCUACUGCAAAGCUCUGGACUUCUUCGUGCCCGCCCUGCACUAUGAAGUGGAUGCUCAGCGGAAGGAGGCAAUUAAGGCAAAGGUGGGGCAGUACGUGUCCCGGGCUGAGGAGCUCAAAGCCAUCGUCUCCUCCUCCAAUCAGGCCCUGCUGAGGCAGGGGACCUCGGCCCGAGACCUGCUCAGAGAGAUGGCCCGAGACAAACCUCGCCUCCUCGCUGCCCUGGACGUGGCUUCGGCUGCCAUGGCCAAGGAGGAGGAAGCUGGUGGGGAGCAGGAUGCCCUGGACCUGUACCAGCACGGCCUGGGGGAGUUAUUGGUGCUGCUGGCAGCGGAGCCCCCAGGCCGGAGGCGGGAACUGCUUCACGCUGAGGUUCAGAACCUCAUGGCUCGAGCUGAAUACCUGAAGGAACAGGUCAAGAUGAGGGAGUCCCGCUGGGCAGCCGAGAGCCUGGACAAAGAGGGGCUGUCGGAGUCUGUUCGUAGCUCUUGCACCCUGCAGUAACCCCAGAAGGAUGACUGGACAGACCAUAAGCCACCUGAAAUGGGGGACACACUCACCUAGACUGAUGCCCAGAAUUCUGUGGUCUUCUGCAGUGCUGUGGAACAGGCUUCCUGGAUGGGCAACUCUGCGACCCCCCACAUCCGAGGAUCCCCAGGUCCGACCCUCAGGAUACUCUGCACUUCCCAGACCCUGAAGGCCCGUGUUUGUGUUGGGAACACUCGGCCUUGGCCCCUGAGGAAAGGGGAGCAGGACUCUGGGAGAAGUUUCCUUCAUAUGACUUCUGUUAUUUGGUGGUUGCUGGACCCUGAGCCUGUCACUUCUGGGGUAUCGGGCUUCUGUUUUUGUUCUGGAAACAGGACAGGGAGCCCUCUGCUCUUGCCCUUCUCUGUCAGCAGGCAGCUGUGCCUGUGCCCACCCCUGCCCUUCCUGGGAGCCCUUAUUGCAACUCCCUUCACUCCUUGCACUGGAAUGGGGCUCUCCAAGACCCCUCAGGGACCACCCACCCCGCGGUAUGCACCCCACAGAGCUCACCAGUCUUCCUGGGAGCUGACCCCUGCCCACCCUCUCAAUAUUUUAAGAUAAUCCUUCAGACGUGAAAAUAAUGUACUUCGUAUGGGUGGGGCAAAUUUAAGAAAGCCAUGCCUUGUUCCUGCUCUGGCCCAGGGGGCACGAGGGGAGGGGUCCUCAGCCUUCAUCCUUGGCCCCUACUAGCCACAGAGCUGGUUCUGGCCUGGAAGGGGCCCGCAUGGGGGCUGCCUGACCCAUCAGGCUGCAGAGGACCCGGCGAUCCAGGAGGUCUGAUGUUGCUGCUACCCCAGUGUGUGACCCUGGGUGCAUCCCUUCCCUUUUCUGGGCCUGGAUCCGCCCAUCUCUCUAAUGGCGCUGUUAAUACCUCCUCAGCUCGCCACGUGAGCUAAGUGACUUUAAUCUGGAGAAGAAUGUACACACGUGGAGUUACUUGGGGGAUUCUUUUUAAAAAGUGUACAAGGGUGUUGACGAUCUCUAACCUUUGUGCCCUUCAGUGCCUCCUUGGGGCAAGAGGAGUCUGUCUUCCUUGCAGGAGGCUAGGUGUAAAGAAUAUAAUUCAUGGUUUCUCUAUUAAAUUAUUUUCUGAA